GAGAAGGGAACACUGUGCCGCCCCCAGCGCCAGCUCCGGUUGCCCCGGUUCGCAGAGCCGGCAACUGUGCAUACACGUAACUGUGCACAUUGCCCCGCCCUCAUCUUAGAAAAGCGCCCGGUGAUCCCAGAAGAGUCCGUGGAUAACACUACGGGUAUCGAUCUUGUCGCUCAUGUGCAAUAAUGCGUCUUGUCGGCCCUGACAUAACCUUCACGAUCCUGCUUUCAUGGUUAACAGCUUUCGAUGGUAAAAUCAUCACAGUUGCCAAAGCCGCGGCGGGCUACGGCAACACUGGCCUCCUUACCGUCAUCUUUCUGUACUGGGUGGCAGAGGGCGUUACGCAGACCGGAGGUCUAGAGCUAGUCAUGAACUACGUCCUGGGCCGCUCCCGGUCAGUGCACUGGGCGUUGGUGCGCUCAAUGUUCCCCGUGAUGGUCUUGUCCGCGUUCCUGAACAACACCCCGUGCGUCACCUUCAUGAUCCCCAUCCUGAUGUCCUGGGCUCGGCGCUGCGGCGUGCCGCCUAAGAAGCUGCUCAUUCCGCUGUCGUACGCGGCCGUGCUGGGUGGCACAUGCACUUCCAUCGGUACCUCCACCAACCUGGUCAUCGUGGGCAUGCAAGACACGCGUUACAACAAGCAGAACAAGGAGGAUGAGGCCAAGUUCGGCAUGUUUGACAUUGCGCCGUACGGAGUGCCGUACGCGCUCAUGGGCUUUGUCUUCAUCAUCCUAACGCAACGGUUCCUGCUGCCGGGCAACAGCUCGCGCUACGCUAAGGACCUGCUCAUUGCUGUGCGCGUGCUGCCCAGCUCUCCGGUCGUUAAGAAGAAGCUCAAGGACUCGGGCUUGCGCACACAGACUGGAUUCAGUUUGGCGGGGCUGUGGCGUGGUGGUGCCAUGACCAGGCAGGUGGAUCCCGAUACGGUGCUGGAGGCCAACGACAUCCUGUACUGCGCCGGCGAGCUGGACGUGGUGGAGUUCGUGGGCGAGGAGUUUGGCUUGGGCCUGGUGACCGCGGAGACGGAGCGUGCCCUGACUGACGGCCAGGCCGUGGGCGACAGCGAGGCGACCGCAUUCCACGACACCGGCGCCUCUCCCUACAAGAAACUGGUGCAGGUCACAAUGACGAAGACCGCCGACUUGGUCGGCCGCACCGUGCGCGAGGUAUCGUGGCAGGGCCGCUUCGGUCUCAUCCCCGUGGCCAUCCAGCGCGGCAACGGCCGUGAGGACGGGCGCCUGAACGAUGUGGUGCUGGCCGCCGGCGACGUGCUCAUCCUGGACACCACCCCUCACUUCGACGAAGCACGCGACGACUUCAAGAUCAACUUUGAGAAGCUGAGAUUCGUGAAGGACGGCGCCGCCAAGGAGUUUGUGAUUGGCGUCAAGGUCAAGAAGAACUCGGAAGUAGUGAACAAAACGGUCACCGCCGCCGGUCUUCGUGGAGUGCCCGGCCUGUUCGUGCUGUCCGUGGACCGCGCUGACGGCAGCAGUGUGGACGCCUCUGACUACCUGUACAAAAUCCAGCCCGGUGACACCCUUUGGCUGGCGGCGGACGUGGGCGCCGUGGGCUUCCUGUCUAAGUUCCCUGGCCUGGAGCUGGUGCAGCAGGAGCAAGUGGACAAGACCGGCACCUCCAUCCUCUACCGCCACCUGGUGCAGGCGGCCGUGAGCCACAAGGGCCCACUGGUCGGCAAGACUGUGCGCGACGUCCGCUUCCGCACCCUGUACAAUGCGGCCAUCGUGGCCGUGCACCGCGAGGGCGUGCGCGUGCCGCUCAAGGUCCAGGACAUCGUGCUGCAGGGCGGCGACGUGCUCCUGAUCAGCUGCCACACUAAGUGGGCUGAGGAGCACCGCAUGGACAAGGCGUUUGUGCUGGUGCAGGCGGUUCCCGACUCUUCGCCGCCCAAGCGCGGCCGCAUGGCCAUCGGUGUGCUGCUGGUUGUGGGCAUGGUGCUUACACAGAUUGUGGGCGGCCUGAAAGAGAAGGAGUACAUCCACCUGUGGCCCGCCGCCGUGCUCACUGCUGCGCUCAUGCUGCUGACCGGCUGCAUGAACGCGGAUCAGGCGCGCAAGGCCAUCAUGUGGGAUGUCUAUCUGACCAUUGCCGCGGCCUUUGGCGUGUCGGCCGCGCUGGAGAACACGGGCGUCGCCGGCAAGGUAGCCAACGCCAUCAUCUCAAUCGGCAAGUCAAUCGGUGGCGACGGCCCCGCCCUAAUUGCGAUCUACGUCGCCACGGCCGUGAUGUCAGAGCUGCUGACCAACAACGCCGCCGGCGCCAUCAUGUACCCCAUCGCCGCCAUUGCAGGUGACCAACUGAAGAUUCCAGCCGUUGACAUCUCUGUGGCCAUCAUGCUGGGCGCCUCGGCCGGCUUCAUCAAUCCCUUCUCCUACCAGACCAACCUGAUGGUGUACGCUGCCGGCAACUACAGCGUGCGCGAGUUUGCCACCAUUGGCGCCCCGUUCCAAAUAUGGCUCAUGGUUGUUGCCAGCUUCAUCCUGUGCUACAUGAAGCAGUGGAAGCAGGUAUGGAUUGCGACGUGGAGCAUCACCGCCUUCAUCGUGUUCGUGCCUGCGCUUCUCACGCUACUGCCCCACACGGUCCAAAAUAGAAUGGAGGCGUUCUUUGACCGGAUUGCGGAGGCCAUCAACCCUCGCGCCGCGCUGCAGCGGCGGCGCUCGGCACGUGCCCAGUCUUUUGGCGGCAAGGCCAUGAGCGUUGGCAGCACCGAGAGCCGGACGGACGGUAGCAGCACGCCGGACGUGGCGCUCACGUUUAUUGAGAUGCCGAAGAUGGGGGUACGGUAGCGAGUAGGCCGUUGCUUGCGAAUGCGAGACAAGCAGACAACGACGUGCUGGAGAGCACAAGGAAACGAAACAUGCACGGCUGUGUAUGCGAUGUGAUGUGUGGAGAAAACGGUUAGGCUGUGACACUGAUCAGUCACCGCAGAACGUGAUUAAUCCUCGGAUAUAAACAAAGGCACCCAGCCGGUCCACAUCAUCUGAGCUAGACCCCAUGCGGUACCUCACGCAAGUACAGUAUGCAGCAGGCAGAUGCAGGCAGGAGACUAGGUAGAUCUCUGGCCCACGUACGGUACUCAAGCUGGUGUGAGUUAGCGUGGUACUUCAUACUGUGCAUUGCAAUGCUCUCCUCACAUCCGCACUGCAAAGGAAGAAGCUCGGGAUGCAACUUUGGACCAUCAGCACUGUAUGUGUUUGCUGGAUGACACGACGCAUGGAUUGCCACAGGCAUAGAUAGCUUUGACUCACGGCGCGUUGUCCCGGGAUACAACGCGGAGGUGUACUGCAAUGGUGAGGCUCGGGCAGGCCAGGCCAGUUCAAGUGACUCAGGUCCUAGGCUUAGCUGGGACACUUGUGCAUUACAUUGAGAAGGCCGGCGGGCACCCAGGGGGGGCGGUUUCUGUUUCGGCUGGACGUGGGCACGGUAACUGAAGCCUUAUUGCGAUUACUCGACCUGUGGGGCACUAGUUGCCUAGGGCGGUAGGUUCACACAAGAGUGAGGCGGCCGUCGUAGCAUGUCAAAGACGUGGCCCCACGUGGCAAGCUGCAUCUGGGGUGUGCAAAUGCCGUAUACGGCAUGACGGCAGUUACGUAACUGUAGUGCUCUUAUUGUACGAAGGCAGGGCCGGCUCAGCCCAAGAACGGCUUCGGCCGGCGGUAGAUUGCGGAAAUCCCUUGCAACCGCAUCUUUUACCCCCACAGCGUUUUUGGGGGUUCGGCACACGGUCCGUGUGCCCGGCUGGAUGUGGGCUGGGGGCAAUAGCAACCGUACCGGCAAGUAUUCCAGCGCACUGUAUGCCGCUUCCGUCAAAAAGCCCAAGAAGUGGCGCCAGGAGGGGGGGGGGUAGAAAGCUCAGGUUCUUACCCCAUGCUCAAUACUACAGAGCUUUAGGAGAGCAUUAUGCACGCACUAUUAGUUUUGUCAG